AUCGAGAAAGAGGACGCAUUUGCCGGUGUUGAAGAGAAUUUUCCAAUCACGAAAUCAGGGGACGUCAUGCUAAAUGAGAUUCUGUGGGGUUAAUUCUGAGUGAGAAGGCUAUAAUAGUUUCUAAUGGGGAUAAGAUAUCUGCCCAUUUCCUUGGCAACAACAGCUUUGAGCUUUGUGGGUUUACAAGUCUGGACGGAGUUGUCUCUUGAUAGACUUAGAGCUGAUGGGAUUAUCACCAAGAACGUUUCUUUAGGAGAUUCUGAGAAUACCCUUGAGCUGCUUCUGAGUUCUCACACUACAAUUGCCUUGCUGGCAAGUUUUUUGCUCAAUGUCUACAUUCUUCUUGUUCUUUCUCUCAAGACUCUGUUUUUUGGGGAUCUAUAUGCCAUUGAAACUAGAAAGCUGGUGGAAAGGCUUGCCAAUUACAUCAUUUACAAGGGCACUUUUCUUCCAUUGGUGGUUCCACCAACAGUAUUUCAGGGGGUCCUAUGGACAAUCUGGUUGACUGUUCUGUGUACUCUAAAGAUGUUUCAAGCUUUGGCUAGAGAUCGGCUUGAUCGAUUGAAUGCAUCUCCUUCUUCUACUCCUUGGACAUAUUUUCGUGUGUAUUCAGCACUGUUCAUGGUUCUCUCUGCUGAUUUGUGCUGGAUAAAGCUUUCCCUUAUGGUAUACAAUACAAUUGGUACAUCUGUGUAUUUAUUGUUACUUUUUGAGCCAUGCAGUGUAGCUUUUGAGACCUUGCAGGCGUUGUUGAUUCACGGGUUUCAACUGCUUGAGAUGUGGAUCAACCACUUAGCGGUCAAGAAUUCAGAUUGCCAAAGAUCAAAGUUUUAUGAUUCUAUGACAGCAGGCUCAUUAUUGGAAUGGAAAGGCCUCCUCAACCGGAAUCUUGGUUUCUUCCUAGACAUGGCUACCUUGGUAAUGGCCCUCGGUCAUUAUUUGUACAUCUGGUGGCUCCAUGGAAUGGCCUUCCAUCUGAUGGAUGCAGUUUUGUUUCUCAACAUACGUGCCUUGCUAAGUGCAAUUUUGAAACGGAUAAAAGGAUACAUCAAACUGAGAGUAGCUUUAGGUGCUCUUCAUGCAGCUCUUCCUGAUGCAACUUCAGAAGAGCUACGGGCAUAUGAUGACGAAUGUGCUAUAUGUCGGGAACCAAUGGCUAAGGCUAAAAGACUUCACUGCAACCACCUUUUUCAUCUUGGAUGCCUGCGAUCAUGGUUGGAUCAAGGUUUAAAUGAGGUUUACUCUUGUCCUACAUGCCGUAAGCCUCUUUUUGCUGGUAGAACUGAAAGUGAGGCGAAUCCUAGCAGAGGAGAAGGCGAUGAACACUUAGCCCGUCAAUUUGAGAGACAAAAUAAUUCUGUGCAUUCACUAACCACUGGGAUGUUUCCAACCGAGACCCCAAAUUCCACUGAAAGUGAUCCUUGGAGGAAUUCAGGACUGGAUCCAAGCUGGCUGCAAACAUGGUCAGAUCAGGGUGUUGAUGUUGUGGGUCCCUCUGCAGGCUCCAGAUCCGUUGGGCUGGGGCAGGUUCAAUUGAUGAUGAGGCAUCUUGCAUCUGUUGGGGAAGAUUAUACUCAGACUGCAGUUGACGAUGCUUCUUGGGGUCUCUGGCCAAUGAAUCCUGCACAAGCAUCGACUUCAUCUACAUAUGUUCCUCCUGGUACUGGGGGAAGAACAGGUGGUCUGCAUCUGAGAACUGUCUCCCGUGCAGCAAAUAACAUGGCGAAUAUACUAGCUAUGGCCGAGACAGUAAGGGAAGUCCUCCCACAUGUGCCUGAUGAAAUAAUCUUCCAGGACCUGCAAAGAACAAAUUCUGUUUCUGUUACAGUGAACAAUCUUCUCCAAAUGUGAUGAUGGUUUACCUAAAAGUAAUUAGCACUCCCAUUUCGAGCUCAGGUUUACCCAGCAUAAGAUAAACGGAUCAGGAAACAUCCUUGUCUGUUAAGUUUUACUCACCACCACACAUUUAGAAGCGUUGUCUGGUGUAAAUAGGAGGCAUUCUUGCAACAGACUUUGCAAGAGAAAGAGGCUCUAGAGUAGAUUUUGUUCAUUGCUCUUGUGGGAUAAAUAAAGCUCUUCUGUUUGCAGAACCAUGGCGGUUCAUAAAAUAUCUUGUUCAGU